AUGGCGGAAGCAGCGAUUUUGUCUGGAACAAAAGUUGCCAGUGAAGUACGAGAAAGCUUGAGAACUGAAGUGGAAGAAAUGGGCCUUUCUGGGAUCCGCCCAAAUCUGCAAAUUGUUCAAGUUGGAGAUCGCGAAGACUCCGCAGCAUACAUUGGUAUGAAGCUGAAAGCUGGAAACGAAAUCGGAAUCAAAUUGUUGCAAGCUGUGCGGAAGCUGAAUGAGGAUACAAAUGUCCAUGGCAUCAUCGUGCAAAUGCCGUUAGACUCCGAGUAUAAAAUAGAUUCCCGGUUGAUUUUGGACGCUGUCAGCCCCGAAAAAGACGUGGAUGGUUUGACGACUAUGAGUGCCGGAUUUGUGUCUCGAAAAGAAUUGGAUGCUGGUUUCAUUCCAUGCACUCCUGCUGGUUGCAUGGAGCUGAUCAAAAGAAGUGGAAUAGAAUUGGCAGGAUGCAAUGCAGUAGUCAUGGGACGCAGCCGGAUCGUGGGGGAGCCAAUGCGUGAUCUUCUUGUCGCACACCACUGUACGGUCUCGAAAGCUGAUCUGCUUGUUGUUGCCAUUGGAAGCGAGAAUUUCGUCAAGGGUGAAUGGGUGAAACCCGGUGCAGUCGUGAUUGAUUGCGGGAUCAAUGCUGUUCCAGAUGAUACUAAGAAAACAGGACGGAGAUUGGUCGGAGAUGUCGAAUAUGAAGUAGCAAAAACAAAAGCCUCAUGGAUUACUCCGGUUCCUGGUGGAGUUGGUCCCAUGACUGUUGCGAUGCUCAUGAGAAACACUGUGAUUGCCGCUCGGAAGCACGUCAAGCAGCUUCAGAAAACCGGAUGGAAUUUAUCCACCCUUCCUCUGUCACGUGUUACUCCUGUUCCGAGUGAUAUCGACGUUGCGAGGUCUCAAACGCCAAAGGACAUAUCCGACCUGUGCCAUGAAAUCGGUAUUCUGCCUUCGGAAGUUGAAUUGUAUGGAAGGACGAAGGCCAAGAUUAGUUUGGAUAUUUUGAAGCGAUUGCAGAGUCGAAAGAACGGGAUGUACGUCGUUGUAACUGGGAUUACCCCCACGCCUCUUGGAGAAGGCAAGAGUACGACGACAAUGGGGCUGACUCAAGCAUUGGGAGCUCAUGUUGGACGAAAUGUUUUUGCAUGUGUAAGACAGCCAUCGCAGGGACCGACAUUCGGGAUCAAAGGUGGAGCUGCUGGAGGUGGAUACUCGCAAGUGAUUCCUAUGGAAGAAUUCAAUCUUCAUUUGACGGGAGACAUUCACGCGAUUACGGCGGCGAACAAUCUUCUGGCUGCUCAAAUUGAUGCGAGAAUGUUUCACGAGAAGACGCAAACGGAUCCUGACCUGUUCAGGCGGCUUGUUCCAUCUGUGGGCGGAAAAAGGACAUUUUCUGAAAUACAAGUGAGGCGAUUGAAAAAACUCGGGAUUGAGAAGAGAAAUCCGGAUGACCUGACACCCGAAGAAAUCGCUAAAUUCGUGCGACUGAAUAUUGAUCCGGACACGAUAACGUGGCAAAGAGUCAUGGACACAAACGAUCGAUUCCUGCGGAAAAUCCGUAUUGGCUUGUCGCCCACGGAGAAAGGACACUCCCGGGAUUGCCAAUUCGAUAUUGCGGUUGCAAGUGAGGUCAUGGCUGCCCUAGCGUUGACAACUGACCUAGGAGAUCUGCGCGAACGUCUUGGAAGACUCGUUGUCGCAUCUGAUCUUGACGGAAAUCCUGUUACAGCUGAUGACUUGGGUGUCGGAGGAGCCAUGACAGUCCUCAUGAAAGAUGCAAUCCGCCCGAAUCUCAUGCAGAGCCUUGAAGGGACUCCAGUGUUCGUCCAUGCUGGUCCGUUUGCCAAUAUUGCGCACGGGAACUCGUCAAUUCUUGCCGACCGAAUCGCAUUGAAGCUGGUUGGGGAAGAAGGGUUUGUUGUCACUGAAGCUGGAUUUGGAGCCGAUAUCGGAAUGGAGAAGUUCUUCAACAUCAAGUGCCGUUACUCGGGACUAAUUCCAAAUGCCGUUGUUCUCGUUGCCACGAUACGUGCUUUGAAGAUGCAUGGUGGGGGUCCAACAGAAAAUGUUGAUUUGGUGGUGAAAGGAUGUGCAAAUCUUCGAAAGCAAAUUGAAAACGCCAACAAAUUUGGAAUCCCAGUUGUUGUUGGCAUCAAUUACUUCCCAACGGACACUCCUGCAGAGUUGCAAGCCGUACGUGCAGAAAGUUUGAAUGCUGGAGCAGUUGAAGCCGUAGUGUGUAAGCAUUGGGCCCUGGGAGGAGAGGGAGCUGUUGAUUUGGCGAAGGCUGUGGAAAAGGCCUGUCAAUUGCCGUCCAAUUUCAAAUUCUUGUACGAUUUGGACGUGGGCAUUGCGGAAAAGAUUGAAAAGAUUGCCAAGGAAAUUUAUGGCGCUGAUGGAAUCGAACUUUCGGAUGAAGCGCAGAUAAAAAUCGACAGAUAUACUCGACAGGGAUUUGGGAAUUUGCCGAUUUGUAUGGCGAAGACACACUUGUCACUAUCGCAUGAUCCAUCCUUGAAAGGCGCUCCAAAAAAUUUUGUUUUGCCGAUUCGAGACGUGAGAGCAAGUGUUGGAGCGGGCUUCCUGUUUCCGCUAGUCGGAACGAUGACGACAAUGCCUGGAUUGCCGACGAGGCCUUGCGUGUUCGAUAUUUCAAUCGACCCGGAAACUGGCAGAACGACGUAUUUCCGAAACCAUCCGUGGAAACGCACAUUUUCGAAUCUAUUGGCAGCUGCAACGUUCGAACAACAGAAAAGGCGUUUUCAUUCGUUGGUUUUGAAGCCAAUACUCUCGCCUGAAUAUUCCCCUGUGGUCCAGCGCAGUUUUCUUGGCCUUGUUUACGUUACCCGCAAAAUAUUUAUGCUGUUGAGGUUUUGUGCCAAAGAUUUUUUUUUUAGCUACAGUAUUGUUGGUAGUGCUCAUGACCAUGGUCACGCGAUGCUUGUGAAAUCAGCUGCAGCGUUGGUUGCGUUUUCGCUGCUGGCUUGUAUUUCAGAUGGGCUACCGUUGCUCACUUGGGGGCCCGUGCAAAUUAUUCGCAAUAUUGUGUUUGGGACGCGGAGUGCCAGUUUUCGCGAGGAAAGGUCAAGCGAUGCUGAUACUUAUAUUGGUGAAGUGAAUCUGACUAGUCCGGCACCAGUGCAAGAAGAUGCUGAGACUCGAGUGGAUCCAUCUCCAUUGUUGAAAGUUGAUUUGCCUAUUUAUGGUACCAGAUGUUACGGCGUACUCGGAUGCCUGUCCAUCACGACGGAUUGGUACUCGACGUUGAGACCUGUGAAUGUAUUUCCGAGCGCACGAGAAGACAUCAACACAACAUUUUUGCUCUUCAAUCCCGAAGGCAAUGUGAAAACUGUGAACGCCUCGGGAUCUUCCUUCAGCGUGCUCAUUUCAUCUGGCGAUUUCAACGUCUCUUGGCCCACUGUGUUCAUCAUCCACGGGUACUUGGACACCGGGUUCCGUACAUGGGUUCGGGCAAUUGCAGAAGCCUUGAAAGCCGUGGAACUGUGCAACGUGAUAGCGGUAGAUUGGAAUGGGGGUUCUCUGGUGCAAUAUAUCCAAUCGACUGCCAAUAUUCGUCUGGUGGCUUUGGAAAUCGUGUACCUGCUCAAAUUUCUGCGUGAUCAUCAUGACCUGCGUUUCGGAAAUGUGCAUUUGAUCGGUCACAGUUUGGGAGCGCACACGGCUGGUUAUGUAGGCAGCCAUUUGUCAGGCAUUGGGAGGAUAACAGCGUUGGAUCCAGCGGAGCCGUAUUUCCAGGGGCUCCCGGAGUUCAUCAGACUCGACCCAGGCGAUGCGGAGUUCGUCGACGCCAUUCACACGGAUGGGAACUCAAUAUUCAUGCUUGGAUACGGGAUGAGCCAACCCUGUGGGCAUGUAGACUUUUAUCCCAACGGCGGCCGGCAGCAGCCCGGCUGCAGCUUGGUCCGAGUCCCGCUCAAUUUCCUAUUCGAAGGCGUGGAAAGUGCGAGCAGAGACGUCGUUGCUUGCAACCACCAAGCCGCCAUCAAGUAUUUUCUCGAAUCCAUCAAGUCGUCGUGUCCGUUCAUGUCGAUUGAGUGCUCGUCGUAUUCGGAUUUCUUGGCCGGAAGAUGCUUGGAUUGUGGGUCUGAUAGCAGCGGUUGUGCGGAAAUGGGUUUUAGAGCGGGUCACUACAAAUCUCGACUUGGAAACAGAGAGCUGGUGAAGAUGUACGCGGUCACGAAUUCUUACCCUCCGUAUUGCUUGUAUCAGUACGGCGUUUCCGUUUCUCUUGGAAAGCCGAGUCAUGCGAAGAAAACACUGAAGGGAUUCUUGUAUGCGUCAAUCGAAGGCAAGAAAGGGAUCUUGCCGCAUAAGAACUUGACCGAUAUAGAGAUUCCGGGGAAUUUCGAACGUGGGAACACGUACAAUUUCCUUCUGCGAUCACCGGUGGACGUUGGUUCAAUCGUUCGCGUUGAUUUGCACUGGGAUUAUUAUCAAGCAUAUCACGACCCGUCCACUCUGUGUAUUCUUGUGUGCAGCAAACAUUUGUACGUCAGCAAGGUCGCCGUCAGCUAUCUUGACUCUGUUCGCUCCGACACAAGGAGCCCGAUAAGGAACGAUACAUUUUGUGAUGAAAGAUUCCUGUACACCGAGGUGCAGUCUACUUCGUGGGCUUAUUUUAAACUGAACGAUGCUUGCCACUGAAAGAAGCUGUGUUUGUAUCAUUGCUGCUCUAUUCAUUGUUGAACAAAUGUGCUAUUGUUCUGACGAAAGACUGUGCUGGAAAAUUCAACUGUCGUUAACGAGUUGCUCAAGCAAAGAGCUGGAGGUCUUAAUCUAGCCAAUGAGUAAUCGGCUAUAUUUUUGGGACAACUUGUUGUGCUCUUUAUUUUUUGUAUCUUGUUGCUGUGUUUGUUGAGUUUUGUUUAUCAAAUAUCAAUAGAAACAAAUCUGCUCGUUCA